GGAUCAUAAUAAGUAGCCUAAUUGACGGUUCAUGUUAAAUACGAAACAAAACUGAGGCACCCUAUCAUUGCCGACAUGUCAGCGAUACAUCUGCAAGUGGUGUGGACUCAAGUUUUAAGCCUGCUUGAAUUUAAAAUAUGAAAAGUAUUUCUUUUCUAUAUUCAUUAUUUUAUCCCCCCCAUAUUUAAUCUGAAUGUGUUGUUCUCCUGAAAUUUAGGAGGCAUUCAGACUGGUUUAGAGAAAUCAGUUGAAAAUUAGAGUGAUGGAAUAGUCAACCGUCUUGACUGUGCAAGUGUUGAUCCAAGUGAAAACCAUAUUUUACCUGGACUGGAAUUCGUAGUGCUCAGAGAGACGAUCGUUUCUAGAAAUGGGACGAGAGAAAUUUCCCUCCUCUUCUGGGCCCGGAGCUUCAAAUGGUGCUCCCCCGGGUGAAAUGUCCAGACAAACGUCUCGGCAGCAUUCCCUCACUGAAACCUAUGACAUGUCCUGCAAGGUGAUGCUCAUUGGUGACAGUGGGGUGGGCAAGACCUGUAUUCUUGUUCGCUUCAAAGAUGGGACUUUUCUUUCUGGAAGUUUCAUUUCCACUGUUGGUAUUGACUUCAGGAACAAAGUGGUGGACGUGGAGGGCACCAAAGUAAAGUUACAGAUCUGGGAUACGGCCGGCCAGGAAAGGUUCAGAAGUAUAACCCGGGCGUAUUAUCGGGAUGCUAAUGCCCUCCUCCUACUGUAUGAUGUCACAAGCAAGACCAGCUUUGACAAUAUCCGGGCUUGGUUGGGUGAGAUCAACGACUAUGCUCAAGAUGAUGUGGUGAUCAUGUUGCUAGGCAACAAGUGCGAUUCUAGUGGCAACAGAGUGGUCAGAAAGGAGGAUGGAGAGAGACUGGCAAGGGAAUAUGGUGUUGCAUUUAUGGAAACCAGUGCAAAGACAGGAGUCAAUGUGGAUCUUGCAUUUAUGGCUGUUGCCAGAGACCUGAAAAUGAAAAAAACCCGUCGCCCAAAUGAGCCCAAGUUCUGUGUGGCUGAUUAUGUGGAACAGGAGAAGAAGCAAACAGGAUGCUGCAGCAGUUAGUUGCUGGAAGAGUGUCUUACUUUGUUUGUGCGUGAAUGUAUUAUGUGUGUGCAUGUUUGUGUGAUUGUGUGUGUAUGUGAGUGUGUGUGUGUGUGGGUAUGUGUGUAUGUGUAAAAGUUUUGUUUGUUUGCUUCAGUUGGUUUGGUGUCUGUUUGUGAGUUUCUCAUAACCUUCACCACCAUUUUGAUAUUGGGGAAAAUGUUUGCAUUAUGAAAAGAAAUAAUGUUGAAAGGUGCUGGUGGCUGUGAAGUUAACCAUCGUGUAAGAAGUAGAAAUGUUUAUUUCUUAAAAUAUUGGUUUUUGUGUGCUCAAAGGUUUGAAUGUGUGCAUAUUUGUCUGUUGAGUCGAAAGUAAUGCUGUUUGAAAACUUGCUGUGUUGACUGACUGAUGGAGUGAUGUGAAGAGCUAGAUUUUUUAACUUAUCUCUACGAAAAAUUUCCAAAUAUUCCUACACAUGGAUAUGAUUCCAUAUCUCAGUGUAUGAUGCUUUAACUUUAUUUUGAGCGUCUGCCGGUGUCUUUUUUAAUAUUGACCUCAAAUGAAAGUUGAACCAAGAAUGGAACCAUUAGUCGUGUUAAUUUACCUGCAGGUAAGAAUGUCUGUUCCAUGAAAAUCAAUUUGGUUGUGGGUUGACUGUAGAGCUUGUUUUUGGCUUCCUCAGAGAUUUAUUGGGGAAACACAUACGCAAGGAGAAGACUGUCCUGUUCAGAGAAGUGUGUAUUUUCUGAUAUCUGCUUUUCAGUGAGAACAUGAAAUAGAUGAUGAAUUUGUCUCCUAUUUUGUAAGUUAAUGAAUAAUUUGAAAGGCACGAAGACAGAGAUAGAAAGACUAUGUGGUAUUUGCCACUAGUAUUGAUAUGAAAAAAGGUAAAAGUGGUAUGAUUUGAAUAAAAUUUAUUUUUGUAAGAAAGAGUGAGUUUUUGCGUGAUGUUGACAGUUCUUAAAUUUGUCUCUGCAAUGUAAGUUUUUGAAAGGGGAGAGCAUUGAGAAGCGAGAGUGUUGUGUGCUUGAUGUACUCCUUGUGAGUUUAGGGCAAUAAUUUGUGUCCUCUGAAAAAAAAA